AUGACCAAAAUAGUUAAAUAUUGGAAGAAACAUUCGAAGGAAGGUGUUACCGAAGAUCAGCUAAAGAAUUUUGAUCAGGAUUUCUUGAAGAUGAGCCAGUCAGAAUUAUUUGAUGUUCUCCUGGCUGCUCAAUUUCUUGACGAUAAGCAAUUGAAGGAGGUAAUGAUUCAACAAUCUGUUGAUAGUAUCAAAAGGAAACCAAUAGAGGAAAUACGUGAAGUAUUUGGUUUCGUGAAUGAUUAUACUCCAGAGGAAGAGGAGGAGGUCCGUAGAGAGAAUGCUUGGGCUUUCGAAUGA